AUGUCCCUCACCGCGAACGUCAAGGCCUUCCUGGAUUGGGAAGAGGUCGAAGACGUCUUUCUCCACGAAUGCUUGACUCUCAAGCCUGUAGACGGCACGGCCGUCGCGCAACUGCCUUUCAAGCGCUGCAAGCUUUUCGCCGACGGCACUGGGCUGCGAGAGCGCGGACAACUAAACAAGGUCGCCGUUGUUCGCGGAUCCAUCGUCAACGCGGACGGUGUGGCGCCAGAGCCGAAGGCCCCGGUUAUCAUGAAGCUGGCCACCACCGAGCGCGCGCUUGGUAGACUUGUCGACGAGGCCAAAUUUUACCGUAAUAAGCUCUCUGGUCUGUCGGGCGGGACAGGCGGCGUACCGCGGUCCUAUGGCGUUUAUCAAGUCGUGAACUACACACCUCAUGACUCCGAUGAUCUCUGCUUCGGCUGCAUGAUCCUCGAAGACUGUGGCGUUCCCGUCCGGUCUUUGCUGGACUCGGGGUCUGCGGACGAGGUCCUGUUCUGCACCCGCCUUGUAGCCCUCGUCUACGAGCUUCACAAACGAGGCGUGGUUCAUAAUCAGAUCGAGGACAGACAUGUCUUGCAGAAGGACGGCUGGCCGUACGUUGUCGACUUCAGCAAGGCCACGUCGGACCACGACUGCCCUCAUAAGUCCGGUAACUUGGAUGAUCAAAACUACGGCGCGGCCAUGCAUCCUCCUGAGGAGGAGUUUGGCUGUAAGGAGAUCUACGAGGUUUGCCAAGAGACGGGGAUGUGGUUACCGAUGGACUUGCGCUGCGACGGCCAUUUCUGGACUGCCAGCGUGUUCGUGGACAAUCCCUGGGCGUUGGCCGACAGGCUACUGGAUGGAGGCUCGCUUCAUGACGAGAUGGCGCCUCAGUACACCGCUCGUCAGGCUCUCACCCUGGCACACGAAGCUAUCUGCGACUAUUACAAGAAGUGUUUGCCCGCACGCGGCGUAGAGUAUGAAGAUGAUCUUAGCAUGAACUUGGAGAAGUAUUGUCGGGAGUACGAGAACGAGGUUGCUCGGCGUUCUUUGCUGGAGUGA